CAACAAUUACAAUUCUUUCUCCCUCAAUUUAUCCGCUCUAGUCUCGUUCUAAGUAUGCUCCGUGGUUGCGGCUAAGUCCGAUCUUCCACAUCAGAAAGAAUUACUAGAGUUUGACCCUAAAUCCCCCGUCCCGCUAAGAUCCCGUCCCUUACAAACCCAACCCGUCGAACCUCUGCUCGGCUUCUGCCAAAAAAUGGACGAAGAGGCUCUUCGUGUAGGUUUUUGGUUUUUUUUUUGUGUUUUUAUUUUUAAUCGAAACAAUUUGAUUUUGUGAUUUUUUUAUCAAAACAAUCUCUGAUUUCAUUACUUUUUUUAUAGAUGGGUGCCGAGAUAUACGAUCCUCGAUUGUAUAUCUAUUAUGGGCCAAGAGAUAUGAGACUCUUAACCGAUCAAGAAGCUCAUCGCUCCCGUGCUAUUUGGGAUAACAAUCCGGUAAUUUGAUGAUUUAUUUGCUUUAUUUUAUUAUUUUCUAAGGUUUUAUUUUGCUUUAUUUAAACUAACAAAUUGAUGUUUUUCCUAUUUUUUUGAAGAAAUCACUUAUAUCCGUCGUUCAUAAAGGGACCACAAACUUGCCCGCUUGGCAUCCACGGUUGGCGUCCUAUAUAGAGAGGACCAGGUUGGGUAUGUUGCGCCAUUUCAUGCGGAUCGAAAUCGACAACGAUCUGCUUAUGGCAAUGGCGGAGUGAUGGCGUCCCGAAACCCAUACGUUCCACCUUCCGGAGGGGGAAAUGACGAUCACCCACAAAGACAUGGCGAUCCUCACCGGGAUGCCGAUUUCUGGAGAUGCCAUCAUUGGUUCCACUACCAAACCCGAAGGAGGUUGGGGGGCCGCUCAUUCGUGAUCGUUUGUGCUUUGACUAGGGGUGUCCAUUCGGGUUCUGUUUUUCGGGUUUACCCGAAACCGACCCGAUUAUAUACAUUUUCAGUUUUUUGGGUUCGGGUUCGUUUCGGGUUUCGUUUUUUUGGUUUCGGGUUCGGUUUUGCUUAUCGGUUUUUCGGGUUCCGGCUAAAAACCUCCAAUGAAUAGAACUCAGUAUGUAUUCUUAGGCGUUCGGGUUUUCGGGUUUUGGUUUUGCUUUAACCGAACCCGAACCCGAUAAGGAAUUUUCGGGUUUCGGGUAACCGGAACCCGCAAGCCCUUAUCAGGUUCGAGUACGGUUUCAGGAAUUUUUGGUUUUGGGUUUUCGGAUUUUUUCAGGUUUCGUUUCGGGUAACCGAACCCGACCCGAACUGACACCCCUAGCUUUGACAUGCCGACCACCGCACCAAUUCAAGGACGAGGGCAUCCACCGUUGAAUGCGGGACACAUGUCGGUCCCGUGGCUGGAACUCACAUCCAAAAUGAGGUGGAAAUCAACGACGAGACUGCAGAAGAUCAAGUGGAGCGCUAUGCACGCAUCUACCUCAUUGGUUUGGUGGGUGGAUUUCUGUUCCCCGACAAGUCAAACCGGUGGAUUCAAGGCAUAUAAUUGCCAUUGCUCACUGGUGACUGGGACGCAAUCGGGGAAAAGAGUUGGGGAUCGGCCGUGUUAGCUGGCCUAUACCGGGAGCUGUGCACUUGCUCGAAGGUGGGAGCAAAACAAACUGGUGUUGCGAUGUUCAUCCUACAGCUGUGGGUAUGGGAGCAUCUUCCAAUGUUCGCACCUCUAGACCCACGUCCAUACCGGAGAGCCGAUGAUGAGCUACACUUUCUGCAAAAUCCCCCCUACGGUGUCAAGUAAGUUUUUUCCGUACUUAGCCUAAUUUAAAAUGAUUCCAUGCUUAGCUAGAUUUAAAUUGAAUUUAAUCCGUACUUAGCCUAAUUUAAAUUUAUUCCAUGCUUUUACUUACAAGGUGGAUAGGAGCAAAUACGAAUGACAAUCAACCUGAGCAUUUGUUACUGUUUUAUCGUUCUGAGUAGAUAAGCCUUGGUGGAAUCAGGUAAUCAUGCUUUAUCAUAUUUUAACAAGUUAAAUUUUUUCAAUGUAAAUGGUUGCUAAUUGCAUCAUUUGAAUGAAUAUAGGUUACUUGGGAUCCAUAUCCACAUGAAGUGGUGGAACUGCAUCAUCUUAGACACCCUCUGGAUCACGAAACGUGGUUGUGCAAGGUGUCAUUGAUCUGCUGGCACAUCAUGGAGUGGCACCUACUCGAUCGAUCCUUGAGGCAAUAUCGAAUGGAGUAACCAAUUCCAUAAACCCCGCCUCAAGGUUUCAAGGAGCUCCAUGCCAUCGACCUCCGACACGCGGCAAAGAAUUGGCUCCUAAAGCAUCAGUUCUACAUCAACAUCUGGGAGAAUAUAGGGACAUGGGUGGUCCAAGGGAUGCCGGAGAAGAGACCGAUGGGCUACCACGAUGGGUACAAUAGGUGGUCCAAUUCCACAUGAAGUGGGUGUCAAAGCAAGGUGCUGUGAUGGGUUCGUAGGUAAGUCAUCCUAAUCUCCCUCGUGAGUCUAAUUAUUUUGUUUUAAGGUUUAAUUAAUUUUGAUUUAUUAUGUGGAUUGCUUAGGUUGAUGGUUUGGAACAUGCCAAACACACCCUCGAUAGUGUCCAACCAUGGAUGAGCGCAAAACUUCUUGGCUGCGAAGGCUUAUGAACAACCUCUUGAGUUGUACCCGAGAGCAAAGGAGGGAUGUGGUGGCCUAUCCUCCCAUUCCCACUCCGACACACCCAUCAUUCCGUGAUGGUGAGCCCAUUGUGCCCCCGGUUGAUCCCCCACGAAGGAGCAAACGCAAGCCUCUGCCUACUUUCGAAGAGGUGCGUACAACUCAAGCAACCGAGCUCCCUGAACCAUUUGAGUACGAGUGGGCACCUGCACCGGAUGUCGCUGGAGGUUCAUCUCAGCAACAGACUCCAAUGUAUCAGACCCCGCACCAACAAACCCCUCACCGCCCGAUCUACCAGCAGGCUAUCGGUCCAUCUCAGCAACCUCCACCGCCACUUGUAACUCCAGUAGGGGCUUGGGUUAAGAGACAUCUGCGACAAGUCGUUGAGCGAGCCCGCCAAGAAGCAGAAGGAGGAGGUGGAAGAAGGGGUUCGAGGACGUCGUGGAGGACGAGGUGGAGGGUGAGAUGGGGGCCAAAAUGAGGGGCAACCAAAUGAAGACAACCAGUGAACUAUCCGUGCUUUCUUUGAUUAUUCUAGUGUUUUGUCAUUGUAAAGAACUAUCCGCGUUUAUUUGAAUUUUUCGGUCUUGUGAUUUGAGUUUGCAUUGUCGUUGAACUAUCCAUGUUAUGUUAGUCAACUUUCUAAUUGUUGACGGUUUGAACUAUCCUGUUUUUUUUUUUUUUUUUUACUGUCCCGUUGUUGACGUUUUGUUUUGUUUGUCUUUCCGUUUUAAUACAAUCAUCACCAAUAUAAAAAAAAAACUUUCUAAUUGGACCACAUUCCAAAUUUAUUCCAAAUUCAUGACAAGGCAAAACAUGGGUACAAUUUAUUCGUGCUUUGCAGCCCUGAACAAAAUUUUGCAAUGACUGAAGCAUCUAGCAGCUCCCUUUGAUGUGCGAGGCGCUCAGUUUGUCUCAACUAUAGACCUUAUGGCUGAUUGUUGUGUUUUAUUUUUUCUUUCUUGCAGAGUUGCAGUACAUUCCUGGAACUAAGAUGGUGUUCCCUGGAUUGAAGAAGCCACAGGAUCGUGCAGACCUUAUUGCAUACCUGAAGGCAUCGACUGCUUGAUUCUUGUGCCAGUUUUGACACAGAUUUGUGUUUAUCAUUUGUCACUGGUUAAUAGUUGUCCCGAAUUGGACUUUGUUUUUCUUUCCUGAAAGAGAAACAUUAGGCAUUUCUUGAAAAUAAAGACAGCGAUUAGGG